AUGCCGGCGUACCCCACACCCUCAUCUCCAAUCAUCAACCUGCAAUCGCUAUCCGUGAUGUCCAAGACCGCUUACAACUACCGCCGCCGAUCCGAGGAUGCCGUCGUCGUUGAGGAAGUCCACGCAUUACCCGAUCUCGAAGACGACGUCCCUACCAACGAGAACGGCGAGAACGACAACCCAGACGAUGACGAGGAUGAUAUCGCCAACGAACCCAUGGAGGACCAAAGUGUACCGAACCUCAUUGUCGUUCAGAGCCCCUCCCCUGGAUCUCCUGCCAGUAUCUCAUACGACAUCCAUCCCGCUGUAUGA